CCGAGGAAGCGCUGCAGCCCGGGCAGCUGUACUUCGUGCUCCCCGCGGCGAUGCGGCGGCGGCCGCUGCAGGCGGAGGAGAUGGCCGCGCUCGCCAUCCGCGCCAGCGCCGCGCUCGUGGGCGACCACGACGGCCCGCUCGUGUUCCCGGAGGACGCCGCCGCCGCCGGGGGAGGCGCCGGCGGCGCGCGGAGCGGCAAGGCGUGCCGGAGGUCCAGGAGGGGCAGCAGCCGCGGGCGGGACUUCGUGACGGACCUCGGCGCCAUUGCCGAGUAACCGCCGGGGGCCGUCCAGCUACGAGAGAGAGCUAACGGCAGCCUUCGGCGGCAAGGAAAACUGAAAAAAAAAAUCCAACUGUAGUUAGGACGUGUUAACUGAUCAAGCGAAGGCUUUGACUAAUGCUAGCUAGUGUAGGAACGGAACGGAACGGAACGGAAGGGAAGUGCAGCUCCGCUCGCAUGUGGCUGGUGUGCCGGUGUACGUAGAUACGCGGCAGGGUGUACAUGUAGAAUACGCGUAGUAGGUUCGUGCCCAUGUGCGAGGACUCGCCGCGACCCAAGGGCCAGUGGACGACGCGACGCGCCCAGCAGGGCUCUUGGUUGUGUGUGGUGUCUGACGCGCAGGGCCCACAUUGAGCUGAGCUGUAAGCGCUGCUGCGCUGGGAUCGACAUGCCGAUGUGGUGAUUCAACGACGGACGAGUCAACGACUCGAAAUUGCCAUUGUUGAUGCAAGUA